AUGGAUUUCCUCUUCCUCAACUCGUCUGCGCUGUUCAUCUCUCAGCGGCCCGUCAACGCCACGCCGUUGGAGCUCACGGUGUACGAGGGCUGCCACGACAUGCCAGCCGUUCUCAUCUGGUACAUGGGCCUGCAGUUCAUCAACAUGUUCCUGGGCAUCCCGGCCAACAUCAUGGUCCUGUGGCUCAUCCGCAAGAACAAGGGCGACUCGUCCACGUCGGACAUCUUCAUCCUGCACUUGGCCGUUCUGGACGUGCUCUUCUGCCUCAUCCCGCCGCUGGAGCUGGCCAACAUCGUGUUCCUCACCACCAGCAGCACCUGGUACGUAUUGCGCUUCUUCUACGGCAUGAAGGACUCGUCGCCGCUCUUCCUCUCGUGCAUCUGCUUGGACCGCUACGUGGCCGUCGUGCACCCCAUCACCUUCACCGAGCUCAAGGACCGGCAACACCGGGCCGGCCUGGCCGCGCUGGUGUGGCUCGUCACGCUGGCCUACGCCGCCGCCAAGUCCGUGGGCCACAUCGUCAACUUCGAGAAGGUCUUCACCACCAUGAUCCUGGCCGCCUUUGCCUUCAUGGUGUUCUGCAACAUCGCCAUCCUGUGGGUGCUGCGCCAGUCCGGGCCCGGCCGGGAUGAGAUGCACCCAGUGAAGAAGCGAGCCUUCAAGAUGGUGCUUAUCAUCCUCGCCAUCAUCGUCUUCAACUACUUCCCACCGGUGGCACUCUUCCCCUUCCAGCACUACUUCUCGCCUGACGUCUUCCGUUGUUACAUCCACUACGUCGCCUUCGGUCUGAUGGACUUCAGCAGUAGCAUCCAGCCCAUGCUCUACCUGUCUAAGGAGAAAGUGGCAUGUCCCGGCUGCUGCCAGGCCAACACCACGCACCUCCGGUAGCUUCUACAUUGGGAACGUAAUUGAGAGACACAAGAGCCUUGGUCGUAAUUGAGAGACACAAGAGCCUUGGUCUUUGAUU